AUAGAAGAGGUAACUAGAGCGCGCAGUCAACCUGCUUCCUGCAAACCUAGAAUGACUUUAGCAACGUUAUGUGAAGGACAACAUGUUGAAAGAAUAAGAUUCACUGGGAAGGAAGCUGGUAAAGAAACCACCACUACAGUAAGGUCUGACAUGUCCAUGUCAUUAACCAGAAAAUGAGGAAACUGCAUUGGAGAAGUAAUGCAUUCAGUUCUUUGUGUCUUCUACUGUCCGGAUCUUUUUGUAGCGCCACCUAUGAAUCUUUUUCAAAAGGCGAUACAGACAAACAGAUAUUGGACUACCUAGUAGAUCCGAGAAGAUACGACUACAGAGUACGACCCAAUGAACAAACACUCAUAAACGUGAGCGUAGUUCUCCUUUCUUUAUCUUCUCCGGACGAAUCCAGCCUUGAAUAUGAGGUCGAAUUCCUACUACAUCAAGUGUGGUACGACCCAAGACUCACUUACAACGAUAGGGGUCACUAUAGGUACUUAAACGGAAUGAAGCACCUUCACAGAAUCUGGACACCUGACACCUACUUCAUCACGCACGGCGACUUCAAAGAACCACUAAUGCCAAUUCAUCUUGCCUUACAGGUGUCUCCAGAUGGAAAGGUGUUUCACACUCAGAGGAGAGAGGUGACUUUGAACUGUGAAGGCAACCUUGGCAUCUUUCCAUUCGACAAUCCAAAGUGUCCUUUUUCCCUCGAAAGUAUUUCCCACGAGAAUUCUGAAGUACAGUUUGAGUGGUCGACCUUGACCCCAGGUCUUCAGGAUGCUACUUCAUUGAGGAAACAUAAUGCUUACCUAGUAAAAAAUGAAACCGGGUUAUGUGAUGAAAGACACACAUGGCGAGGUAACUACAGUUGUCUAACUGUACUUCUAGUCUUCACCAGAGAUAAAUCCUACUAUUACACGGCUGUUUACGUUCCUGGAACUCUUCUGGUAACCAGUUCUUUCCUUAGUUUCUGGCUUGAUAUAAACGCUGUACCAGCACGUGUGAUGAUUGGUGUCACCGCUAUGUUAAACUUCUGUACCACGACCAAUAGCUUCCGGUCAACACUUCCUGUAGUGUCAGAUCUUACUGCCAUGAACCUGUGGGAUGGGAUCUGCAUGUUUUUCAUCUAUGCUUCAUUACUAGAGUUUAUUGCAGUGAAUUACCUGUAUAGAAAUAAGGAAAGCCCUCUCUAUAACACAACGCAAGACUCUUUGGGGAAAUGCCCUUCUCAGGAUCGCUAUCGUAGGCGGGGGAAAAGUGAUAAGAUUGAACCUCAAGCAAGGAGCUCUGAAAUGGAAAUGAUUUCCCCAUCCUCUACCGACGGAGUUUCUGAACAAGAUAAAGAGAUUUCUAGUACAAAAUCUAGGUUUACUUGUCUUAGGAUAUCAAAAAGUCUGAAUUCGUAUCCAGUCUUAGCUGUAAAGAUUGAUAAAGUAUCCAAACUUUUAUUUCCAGUCUUGUUUUUCAUUUUUGCGUUUGGGUAUUUCAUAAACUACGCGGUUGUCCAAACUGCUGAAGAAGAAAAUUGGGAACUUACUUAACAAUUAUAGCUUUGAAGAAUGAGACCUACAAGAAAAGGUCAAAGUUCAUGUUGAUAUUAGUAGCAUACUUCGGCCAUAGACUAAUAAUAUCACUUUUUGAAAUUUUGGGAUAAAGCUUUCUUAGACUAUCCUUCAAUGCAGAAAUGUGCAGAACAUGUUAAAUGGCUUUUGAAAUUAAAUUAUUAAACUAAAAAAAACAUUCUUUAGUAAUAUUAGUAACUCAAGUUCUCUAGAACGUUUUAUCCAGUAAUAAUUCUUAUGCUCUUUACUCAGAAAUAAUUAAUUUAUCUUAUAUUGUCCACUCAGAAAUAACUCAAGCUUUGUUGUAUUGUUCACUUCAGAAGUACCUCAGAUUCUCUAGUACUAUUUUUCUGAGCGUCAUACAUUUGUUUGGUGUCUCUUCUCAACUAAAGACAUUAAAUAAUAUAUUAUUGUAGCUUAUUUAAGCAGUAAAUACUAACAGAUAUUUUCUAUAAACUAUUCCAAGCAAACUAAGUAAGACUGAGGAGUUCUGUACUGUUGAGAGGUAAACUGAGCAUCGCUAAUGUAAAUAUAAUCACAGUUGUACUAAUCUUUAUAAAGCUAACAUUUUGUACAUUGAUAAUUGCGUUGUUAAUUAAAUAAUUCUUUUAUCGACAUUUGCACUGUUAAAUCAGGUAAUGAACUUUAUAUUAUUAAUGUCUGCAUUUCCAUGAUUCAAUCACCUAAGAGAUUCUAUAUUAUUAAUAUCAACAUUUGGAUUGUUAAGUCACGUAAAUAAUUUUAUAUUAUUAGUGUCAACAGUUGAAUUUUUAAAUCGCAUAAAUAAUUUUAUGUUGUUCGUGUCAACAUUUGCACUGUUAUAUAAUAUCAACACAUUUUUAUUAUUAGUAUUCCUAAUUGUCUUGUUGUAUUUAUAGUAUAUUAUGUUUACACUAUAUCUGUGUAUUUUGAUAAAUAAAACGACAUAUCAUAUUUUUAACCGCGCCAUAGCGGCUCAUAGAAUGGCUCUGAGUUUUUCA